GUUCACCUCAGUUUAGCAACGAAUCAUUCUGUCAUGCUGUGCGUAGUGUAGCGGGUGAGAAAUUAAUUUGAAGUCGAAAUGAAGGACCGUCUGGGCGAUUUAACAGCCCUCUGCCAUGACAUUAUCAUCGCUCCAGUAGAGUCCAACGCUUUCCUAGAGGAAUUCCUCCCCAAGGUUAAUGAGGUUCAGCGACUUAUACAGAGAAUUUCCCUCUGUGUGGAAGAAGUAAAGCUGAGACAUAGUACCAUUUUGACAGAAAUCAACCCACCAAAUUAUGUGAGAGAGGAACUUGAGCAGUUUAGCAGUGACAUCAAGCACACAGCCGAUGUAAUCAAAGCUAAAAUAAAAGAUUUAGAAGGAAAAUUCUCAGAGUAUGAGAAUGCUAACAGCAGCUCCGUGUACUUUCGCAUCCAGACUACUCAGCACACAGUGCUUUCACUAAGGUUUGCAGAAAUAAUGAAUAUGUACAACGAAGAACUGCUAUCUUUCCGGACAAAGAGUAAAGAUCACAUACAAAGACAGCUGGAAAUCAGUGGCCAGGUUGUCACCGAAGAGGAGACUGAGGUUUUGCUGCAAAGUAACAACCCUGCUGUGUUUACCUCAAAUAUCAACUCCUGCAUCACGACGAGGCAAGCACUGAAUGAGAUUGAGUUACGGCAUAUGGAUAUUCUCUCUCUGGAGGCCAGCAUUCGAGAGCUGCAUAGCAUGUUUAUGGAUAUAGCCAUGUUAGUCAAUAGCCAGAGUGAAAUGGCAAACAACAUAGCAAAGACCGUGAUGCGAGCUGGAAACUAUGUAGAUCAAGGGAAAGAGAACAUUGAAAAAGCUGUUGAUUACAAGAAGUCCUGGAGGAUAAGACUGCCUAUAUUCAAGAGCAAAGCAAAACCAGCUACUAGCAAGAGCUCUUGAAUGAAUCUUGAACUUUUGAAUGUAAGCUGCUUGCGUUUGAGUUGAAAAAGAAGGAUGAAAGUGAAGGAUUCAUAUUCCUUGCCUUUUCUUUAAAAUCCCAUUGUGUCACAGUAUUUAUUCAACACCCUGUAUAUCUUUUUGCUGGUCAGAUCAUUUGUAGCUAUCUUUGGGAUUUGCCCAUUUGCAAACAAACGGCUUUUAUUUGUUUCUGCUUAGAUGGUUAAUGAUUAAGCUUGCUCUCAGAUACAUAGACAACACUAGCAGAAUUUUUCUGACGCAAUAUGACUACGAUCACGUGAGUGUCAACAGGUGUGUUUAGAUGGACUAAUGUUGCUCAUAGGGAAUAUUCACGCUAUAUACAUUCAAUACAUGCUUAAUUUAUUCCUGUUCAGGUCUACACCUCCUCUUUCCCCUCUUUCCAUCAAAGACUGAUUAAGGUGUUCACAUACACGCUUUUCAGUCAAACUGUACCUUCUUUUUUCAAUUCAAUGGCAGUUGGGAAACAGACAUUUUGUGCAUUUCAACUAAUGCAUCUGCAUUCAGAAUAAGACUUUCUGACCUGGUUUAAAAAUGAAAUAAAUAAGUCUAGUUACA